AUGAACACGAUAUCCCCACCCCCUCAGAUAAAACGUCUCUCAGGCCCAAAGCGCGUCCUCGGCGUCGUCGUUGGAGUGACCGCGGGUCUAGGCGCAAAUGUGCUUCUUGGCUACAGCCUCGCCAACUUCUAUACGCGCAACACAAAAUUCGUUCCUUACGAUACCUCGUCACCCGACCUGGCGACGUCGCUCUUUAAGAAACAUAAUCCUACUAGCAACCCGCCAGUAUGCAUAGACCACGCUGUGAAGGCGAUACCCUACGGCAAGCUUCCGGAGAAAUACUGGGCAAAGAGCAAAGAAGGGAGAAUAAGUGUAGAUCAAGGGAAACUCGCAACCGACUUUUGUAGGGGCAUUUGGUCGGGUGUUGGGUACAGGAUCCAAAGAAGGUAUAUGGAGAGGAAGUACAGGGCACUACCAGGGAGGGAAGAACAGCUAUGGGACGUGAAGGAGUUGGAGGCCAGCGAAUAUCCGGUUGGCACCAUAGUCACUGACCAUUUUGAGGUCGUUGAGCAUACUCCUGAAAAGGUCAUAGUUCGUUGCGGUGACUCGCCCUUCAAUACCGACCAUCGACCUUCCGACGGCCUCUUUUCCAUGGAAGUCAGCAAAGACGACGAAGCGCAAAUCGCGACAUUCCACCUCAAAUCCGUAUUUGUAAACACAACGCCCGAAGGCAAGGACUCGCAGCCACUGCCGUGGAACUUCCAGUUCGCGCAUAGAUGGUACACCAAAUUAUGGAUGGAGGGCGCGACGAGGCAGGUAUUGAAGGAUGCUUGA